AUGCAAGGUGUCUCUGCUGACUGGAUCGAUGCCGUGCUGAAGGUGGAGGGAAAAAUGCAGAUGCCGUUGUUUAUUUGGAUUCUGCACCUCAUGAAUCUCACAAAAGGCCAAGAUAACACAAGACGUAGUUCCUCCCUGAGCAGACUCUGUCCGACGGGUUGUGCGACAUGCUCUGCCCCGAACGGCUGUCUGUCCUGCAAACCUCGCCUCUUCUUCCACCUGGAGCUGGACGGGAUGCGGCAGAGGGGCACCUGUGUGUCCUCGUGUCCCCGGGGCCACUAUGGCAUGCGCUCUCCACACAUCAGCACCUGCAAAAGGUGCAAGGAGGACUGCUCUUCGUGUUUCAGUGAAAGUUUCUGCACACAUUGUCACCCGGGUCACUUCCUGCUCCGGGGCAAAUGUGAGAACAGCUGUCCAAACGGGCUAACUGAAAACACGGUGCUGCGAGAAUGCACAGAGUGCUCUAUAGGCUGUGAGAUGUGUGUGAGGAGGACCGUGUGUGUGAGGUGUAGAGCAGCCCUCUACUUCCUCCACGGUCAGUGCCAUCUCACCUGCCCGGGGGGAUUUGAGCCUGAUUUGCAGCUUAUGCAGUGCGUCCCCCAAGUGCACUGUGAGGUCGGGGGAUGGACCAGUUGGGGUCCAUGUGUUCACAGAAGGAGCAUGCAGGUCCACAGGAGGGGCCAGGAGACGCGGAACCGACAAGUUCUGCGGUCUCCGAGCGUCCACGGUGACCCCUGCCCACAGGUGUCAGAGAACAGGAGGUGUGUCAUCAAAAAGAGACCAGAGCAGGUUGUAAUAAGUUAG